AUGCCAAUUGCUAUAAAUCGUCACAACCAUGCAACCUCACACCAUAGAUAUGAUGAUGAUAAUGCUUCUCAAAUUAGUGCAUCCUCUCUUGCAACAUCAUUUUCGAAAAGUUUUUUGUUUGGGUUUUUGAACAACAAAAAGAAGGAUGCCUUGAAAUCAGGAGGCUUGAUCUCCAAAGAGUAUUGGAUGAAAGAUGAAACAUCAACAGAAUGCUUCAGCUGUGGUCGCUUGUUUACAACAUUCAGAAGAAAACACCAUUGCAGAAUAUGUGGUCAAAUAUUUUGCAGUAAUUGUACUAUGUUAAUAUCUGGUGAAAAAUUCAAUCAUAGUGGGAAAAUGAGAGUUUGUAAAACAUGUUUGAGUUUCGCGACAGAAUAUAAUGAUUCAAGUGAUGAAUCGUCAAUCAUGGAAGAAAGCUACAUUGAGCCUUCGCAUAGUCAUGAAAAUAAUAUUGAUCAGGAUAGCAUACUUCCCAGUACACCAAUUGAAGAGAACAGUCUACCAUUUGUUGCAGCGCCUACUCCACCACCUCGGAUGGCAAUUCCAGCUACAAGGAAAGGGGAAUCCGUUGAAAUUCCUGUAUCAAGAUCUUUCAAUUCAAGAAUUUCAUCUAUCCAUACUACCAAUUUUGGCAGAAGAAAAAAUUUGGAAAGGAAACCAACAUAUCACGCUUCAUCACAAAGAAACUUACAAGACGGUCAUAAUAACAAUAACAAUCAUAAUAAUAUUAAUGCUCACAACGGUAAUGGGAAUACCUCAAUGCUCUUCAGAAGUAAUACUGAAACUUCAUUUGCAGACUAUGUCAAUUCUCAUAACUCCAAUAGUACCUUCAACUUCAGUAAUCAUGAUGAUGAUACUGAAAAUAAUCGAGACUCACCAUCAAUAGAUCAUCAAUACUCAGAUUCUGAGGAUGAAGGUUCCAUGUCAUUAUAUGCUGCUUUACACUUGGACAAGUCAGAUAUCCCUGAACAAUCAAGAGUUGAUACAAGAACAAAAUUGACCAGAAGUAACACCAGAUCAUUGGACAGAGCACAAGCUUCCCUAUUAAGAAUGAAAAAUAGAAGAAAAAGUAAAAGUGUGUCGCGUCCUGCUAAUAAUUUGACACAAUCAUUUUUCAAAUUGAACGAUCCUGAAAGCUACACAGCAAUCAACCAAAGCUCACCAGAUGUAUCAAAUUCGGUUAGUUUUAUCACAUCAAGGGAACAGAAUGUGUCUAAACACUCUUCUGAAUUGAACGAUGUAUGUGCACUCCAUCUGAAAAAUCUUUUACACCAAGGACUAGCAGACUGUGGCGUGCCAAAUGUCAAAGAAUGGGAAAAUACACUAAUACCAAUAUUGAGAACUAUUGAAACAGUCGAAUAUAACGUUAGAGGUGGUGAUAAUUUGGAUAUCAGGCAAUACAUCAAAUUGAAAAGACUUGCUGGGGGUAAAUUGAAGGAUUCAGAAUCAAUUAAUGGUGUUGUGUUUUCCAAAACUUUUGCAUUGAAGACUAUGCCUAGGCAUAUAUUGAAUCCACGUAUAGCAUUGAUUAUGUUCCCAUUGGAGUAUAUGAAAACUGAACAGCACUUCAUGAGUUUAGAGCCUGUUUUAGCUCAAGAAAAAGAAUACUUGAAUAAAUUGGUUGGUCGGAUAGUCGCUUUGAAUCCAGAUGUUGUUUUUGUUGGUGCAAGUGUGAGCGGUCUGGCUCUACAGCUGUUGGAUGAAGCUGGAAUAGCAGUUGCUAGCAAUAUGAAACCACAAGUUAUUGAAAGGAUUGCUAGAAUGACACAGGCUGAUAUAGUUAUAUCCAUGGAUAAAUUGGCAUUGAACUUGAAACUUGGCACAUGUGAAUCAUUAGAUGUCAAAACUUUUGCUUUCAAGAAUACCACAAAGACGUUUAUGUUUUUAACAGGAUGCGAUCAUCGGUUGGGUUGUACCAUAAUUAUUCGAGGUGGUGACGGUGAACUGUUGAGAAAGAUCAAGGAUACAACUGAGUUUAUGGUUUAUGGUUUGUCGAAUUUGAAACUGGAAACUGCCCUUUACAGAGACAACUUUAUUUAUCUUUCUCAAGAUUUUUACAAUAGGUUGAUUAAUGAAGUUCCUGAUACUGAUGGUAAUUUUGGGGUAGAAUUUUUGAAUACUAUGAACAAGAGACUACUAUCAACAUCCCCGACCGUUAAAUUUGACCCCCCUUUUUUGUUGCUGCAGGCAAGACAAAUAGAGCACAAAUUAGAUAACGCUAAAUCAGAAUAUGAUAGGGUCAAAAACUUAAAAGUCGCUUCAGAGUUCCAUUUAGCUGAUUUAAAUAUAGAUCUGGGUGCAUAUAAAGUAUCAAAUUCAGACUUAUUGAGAACUUUCAAAUAUGUUUCUCAUAAAAAGGUUGAGUUCCUUGAAGAGAGUUUUAGUAUCAGAGCUAGACAAUGGGAUCUUUUCAGCUCUUUUGCCCCUGAUUUAUUAGAUCCUGCAAGGCAUCAAAACAUUGUUUUCCUUUACUCCAUGGUAUCAACUAAGACUGCAACACCAUGUAUUGGUCCACAUCCUUUACAAAUUGAUUUUUAUUGGGACAAUGAUAUGACACUUGGGCAGUAUGUUGAGCACCUGAUUUAUUCUGCAGGUAUAAGCUGUUCAGAAGGUUGUGGUGGCUCACUGCAAGAACAUUAUAGAAGUUAUGUUCAUGGGAAUGGCAAAGUUGAUGUAAUGGUGGAAAAGUUUCAAUCCAGAAUUCCUACCCUGCAAAAUGUUAUUUUAACUUGGAGUUACUGUAAGCAGUGUGGUCAUACUUCACCAUUUUUACCUAUGAGUGAAACAACCUGGAAAUUCUCAUUUGGUAAAUACUUGGAAUUGUUGUUUUGGAGUAAGAAAAACUCAUCAACGAAUCUUGGUAAUUGUUCACAUGAUUUUGCAAAAGACCAUAUCAAAUAUUUCAGCUUGAAUGAUUUAACUGUGAGAAUGGAAUAUUCAACAGUGGAUUUAUUGGAACUAAUUGUACCAAGAACUAAAGCUUCUUGGAAACCUGAUAUUGAUAUCAAAUUGAAAGUUGAAUUACAUGCACUUAUUCAAGAGAAAUCUAAAAAUUUUUUUAAUAGUAUCCUUGCAAGGUUGAAUAGAGUGAAAGUUGAUAGUAUUUCAAAUGAUAAAAUGGAAGGUGGUCAUAAAAGGAUUGAAGAGUUAAAGAACAAAGUCACACAACAGCAAGAUGAAGUUACUCGUAUGAUUUCAGAAAUCUACAAUAAAACUGAGGUUGUUGAACACUUACAUUUGAAUUCUGUUUUAAGAUUUGUGCAAGAUUUGAGUGUUGAAUGGGAUUUGGAAUUCGCUGAAUUUGAGGAUAAAUUUUUACCUUCUGAAAAAGAUAUUGCAAGGAUUACUGCGCUCCAAUUGAAAAGAUUUUUCAUGGAUGGUUCUGAUGAAAAGCCUACAGUGACAGCUGCUACUACAGCCUCUGAUCAAAUAAAAGCUGUUCCAGAUGAAAUGACAGGACCACUGUUGGAAGAUAGCGAGGAAUCAGGUGCUGAGGAAGAAAAGGCACAAGAGAUCUCAAAAGAUGAUGUCGCGUCUACACAUAAUGAUCAAACAUCAGAUGCUCAAUUGAUUGAAAAACCUAAAGGUUUUAGAACAAGAUCAGAUAGCUCAUUAUUACCCCAAGCAAGCUCCCUGGGCACUAAAAAUAGCCCAAAACAAGGAAAAGUGCAAGAAAAAGUUCAUAUAAUGGAAAAGCUGCUAAACGAACAGGAUCCUAGACGUGUUUUAUCCACUGGAAGCUCUGAGGUUCAAAAAUUGAAGUCGUCUAAUACAUCUAUCGGAAAUCAUAUGAAAUCAUUGUCUAGUGCAUCAGUUGCUGAGGAUAGUAGAGUUUCAAAAUUAACCAAUUAUUUUGAUCAAAUUCACUUUGAAACAUUAUCUAGGGAGUUUGAAAUGCAACGUGAAAAGGAAAGGCUGAAACUGAUUCAAAAUAGAUACAAAGCAGCACCUGUUGCAUCUUCUAAGCCAAUUGUUGAGAUUUAUAAGAAUGUUAGAGAUGCUGUUGAAGAAGAAGAUCAUUCCGGUGCAGAACAACAAGAAAAUGAAGAAUUUGGUAACACAAAGAAGCUUGAGAAAUUUGAAAGAGAUAUAAACAAUAAGAAGAAUGUCUUAGAAGAUGGUAUUAAAGAGGAAAAUUUGAAGACUGAAAUUCCACAAACUGAACGGGUUUCACUAAUGAAAACUUUGGCAAAUUUUUGGGCUGAUAGAUCAGCAACUUUAUGGAAACCGUUAGAAUAUCCCUUAGCUUCCACAGAGCAUAUUUUUGUUGAUUCAGAUGUUAUUGUUCGAGAGGAUGAACCAAGCUCUUUGAUUGCCUUUUGUUUGAGCUCUUCGGAUUAUGUUCAAAAGAUUAGAUUCAUUAGAGAAAAUAAGGUUAAGGAAGAGGAGGAAGAUAUUAAUAAAGAUGAACACAAAGAAACUGAUGCUGAUGAAAAUGAAAAGCCUGAAGAAGAUAAUCUCACUUAUAAACUGAAGCAAGAGAUAAAGGGUAAUGACUAUAGUGAUUUAGAAAGUAUCAUGUUGAAGAAAACAGCAGUUCAUUUGAAGUACCAAUUUCAAGAAGGAGGAACAUUAUUAUCUUGCAAGAUUUUUUUUGCUGAACAAUUUGAUGCAUUCCGUCGUAAAUGUGGCUUAGAUGACAAUUUUGUUCAAAGUUUAUCAAGAUGUAUCAAAUGGGAUUCAGCAGGUGGUAAAAGUGGAUCUGCAUUUCUGAAAACAUUAGAUGAUAGACUAGUCAUCAAAGAAUUAUCUAAUGCGGAAUUGGAUUCAUUUGUUAAAUUUGCUCCAAGUUAUUUUGAAUAUAUGGCACAAGCCCUAUUCCAUGAUUUACCCACAGUUAUUGCCAAAAUUUUUGGGUUUUAUCAGAUUCAAAUUAAGAAUCCAAUCAAUGGAAAAAAUUUCAAGAUGGAUGUUUUGAUCAUGGAGAAUUUAUUUUAUGAUAGAAAGACAUCAAGAAUCUUUGAUUUAAAAGGUUCUAUGAGAAAUAGACAUGUUGAAAAAACUGGUAAGGAGAAUGAAGUGUUGUUGGAUGAAAAUAUGGUUGAGUACAUUUAUGAGAGUCCGUUAUUUGUUCGAGAAUAUGAUAAGAAGUUAUUGAGAGCUUCUUUAUGGAAUGAUACGUUAUUUUUAGCAAAGAUGAAUGUGAUGGACUAUUCUUUGGUGAUUGGUAUUGAUGAGGAGAAUAAAAAUUUGACAGUCGGUAUAAUUGAUUGUAUCAGAACCUUCACAUGGGAUAAGAAAUUAGAAAGUUGGGUUAAAGAAAAGGGUCUUGUUGGAGGAGGUACUAAAGAGCCUACAGUUGUGACCCCAAGACAGUACAAGAACCGUUUCCGUGAGGCGAUGGAUCGGUACAUUCUUAUAGUUCCAGACUGUUGGUAUCAAGGGAGCAAUACCCAUGGAUGA